UAGCAAUAAUCUAUUUGUCCAACAUAGUAAAAAUGGCGCGGUUUACCAUCAACUUCGUUGUCAUGGCCGCUGUUUUCUUGGCAGCAGUUUUGGUGCUUACAAGAUCAGUUGAUGGUUCAUAUGAUGAGCAACAAUCAAUGUAUGCCCCGUCGAAUGAGCCACCACCGCCACCACCAAUGAACCCUACUUGUAGGAAGUCACUUGAACUUUGUAACAAUUACGGUGCCUACAGUUGUUGCAAAGGAUUUGCUUGCACAGGCAGGUUCGAUAACCUUCUUGUAGGAGUUGGACUGUGCACGCCUUCGAAUCAACCACCACCGGCGCAACCACCACAAGAGUGUCAAAUUGCGCAACAACUUUGUCAGCCUUAUGGUGAUUAUGACUGCUGUGAGGGGUUAACCUGUGUUCAUCCCCGAACACUGCCUUCGGCCGCAGGCAUUAAACCUGAAAAACUUAAGCUUCCUCCUGGUGUUGGGAUAUGCGAGCAGCUAGCCAAUUAAAUUUUAAUCUAAGAUCACUGCCAUUUGUAUGUACAAUGUGAUUCACUCUCUACUACUUAAGCUUCCUCCUGGUGUAAUGGUGUUGGGGUCUGGAGCAGCGAGCCAUUACUAGUAUUUAUUUUAUUUUAUUUUAUUUGGACGCACACUCUCUUGUAUGUUGCUUUUGCAUUGAUAUAUGCCUAUAUCAAAAUGUUGUA